GGCGAACGCAGGCUAAGGAGACCAAGGCGGUGAAGGCGCGAGACAGCGGACGAGCAGCGGAGGAGAAGAAAGAGGAGGAGGCGAACCCAGAGAGGGGCAGCAAAAGAAGUGGUGGUGGUGGGCGUCGUGGCCAUGGCGGCGGCUAUCGCCAGCUCGCUGAUCCGUCAGAAGAGACAAGCCCGCGAGCGGGAGAAAUCCAACGCUUGCAAGUGUGUCAGCAGCCCCAGCAAAGGCAAGACUAGCUGCGACAAAAACAAGUUAAAUGUCUUUUCCCGGGUCAAACUCUUCGGCUCCAAGAAGAGGCGCAGAAGAAGACCAGAGCCUCAACUUAAGGGUAUAGUUACCAAACUCUACAGCCGACAGGGCUACCACUUGCAGUUGCAGGCCGAUGGAACCAUUGAUGGCACCAAAGAUGAGGACAGCACUUACACUCUGUUUAACCUCAUCCCUGUGGGUCUUCGAGUGGUGGCUAUUCAAGGAGUUCAAACCAAGCUGUACUUGGCAAUGAACAGUGAAGGAUACUUAUACACCUCGGAACAUUUCACACCUGAGUGCAAAUUCAAAGAAUCCGUUUUUGAAAAUUAUUAUGUGACAUAUUCAUCGAUGAUAUACCGUCAGCAACAGUCAGGCCGAGGAUGGUAUUUGGGUCUGAACAAAGAAGGAGAGAUCAUGAAAGGCAAUCAUGUGAAGAAGAAUAAGCCUGCAGCUCAUUUUCUGCCCAAACCACUGAAAGUGGCCAUGUACAAGGAGCCGUCACUGCACGACCUCACGGAGUUCUCCCGAUCUGGAAGUGGGACCCCAACCAAGAGCAGAAGUGUCUCUGGCGUGCUGAAUGGAGGCAAAUCCAUGAGCCACAAUGAAUCAACGUAGCCAGUGAGGGCAAAACAAGGGCUCUGUAACAGAACCUUACCUCCAGGUGCUGUUGAAUUCUUCUAGCAGUCCUUCACCCAAAAGUUCAAAUUUGUCAGCGACGUUUACCAAACAGGCAGAAUUCACCAUUCUAUCUGCCGUUAGACCUUCUUAUCAUCCGUAUUAAAGCCCUAUAAUUCAGAUUGAGCUUGUGCAAAAGAAUGCCAAGCAUUAUCAGUGAACUAAAUCUGGGAGAAGGACUGCCACAUUUUCUCAUGAUCUCACCUAUACUUUGGGGAUGGCAAACCAAAAAUAUUUCACAGCACUAAUGCUGAUCAAAAUUUACUCUCCAACCAAGAAAUUUUAAAAGACCACAAUUGUUCUUCAAAAUAAAACUAAACAAAAAAUAAAAUAAAACAAAACAAAUUAACUGCUUAAAUGUUUUGUAGACGCAAACACAAUGAUGUGAACUGUGUUGUUUUCUUGGCUUAAUGUUUUCUAUCUACGCUUGAUUCAAAUGUAUUCUUUACUUUGAUAUAGUGCAAUUUGAUUAUUUCUGGAAUUAAAUGGUUCUACUGACUCUGUUUCACUUAAUCCAAAUCAACCAAAUUCAGGGUUGAAUCUGAAUUGGCAUCUCAGGCUCAAGGAAAUAGUGUUCUUGUGAUUUUACCAAUUUUAUUUUUUUUUUUUUAGAGUUGUAGUAUUCUGGUCAAAUUCUUCUGCUGUAUACUUUGUGUGUAGAAAUUGAGUUGUAUUGUCAACCCCAGUUGGUAAAGAUAACUUUAUGAAAAAGAUUAUUCUCAAGUGUAGAUUUCUCUUAAUUCCAUUUGUGUAUCAUGUUAAACUAUUGUGGCUUCUUGUGUAAAGACAGAAACUGUGGAACUGUGAUGUUGUCUUUUGUGUUGUUAAAAUAAGAAAUGUCUUAUUUGUAUAUGUAUGAGUCCUCCCGUCAUUGUAUUUGGCACGUGAAUAUUGUGUACAAGGAAAUGUUAAGACUGGUUCCCCCUAAACAACAUAUAUUAUACUUGCUACUGGAAAAGUGUUUAAGACUUAGCUAGGUUUCCAUUUAGAUCCUCAUAUCUGUUGCAUGGAAGAAAGUUGGAAUCUUGGCAUAGAGUUGCAUGAUAUGUAAGAUUUUGUGCAUUAAUAAUUGUUACAAUCUGUGUUCCAAAAGUGGACAUAGCAUGUACAGGCAGUUUUCUGUCCUGUGCACAAAAAGUUUAAAAAAAAGUUGUUUAAUAUUUGUUGUUGUAUACCCAAAUACGCACCGAAUAAACUCUUUAUAUUCAUUCAAAGAAAAA